UUCCGCGGCCUCCGCGACGCGCUCUCGCAAUUGCACUUGUGCCCGCACUGCGCCAGCGCUACGCAAGCCAUCACCAAGCAGUUCCCGCGCCGCCACCUCUUCUCGUCCACGUCCGAGCGUGUGCUCGACGAUCGCAAAGUGCGCCUGCACCACUUUCUCGAGGUCUUGUCCAUGGCCGCCGGCCGGUGCGUCGACGCUGCGUGCGUCCUCCGCGGGCAGUGGCAGAGCUUCCUCGACGUCCCCGACCUCAAGCAGCACAAGGGCGCGCGCAUCUCUGCGGCCGCCGUCGCCCCGACGUCGCUGCUCGAGUUUAGCAGCCGGAAGGACCGACACGGCCGCCUUCUGCUCUUUCGCGCGAGUGAGGCGAAGCGGCUCUCGGGGGAGCGCCCCGUGUCGCCCGUCCCGUCCAGCGCCAGCGACGUGUGCAUCGCGCGACCGCGGAUGCUCGUUUAA